UGUUUCCUUGCGCGCUUCGAUAUCCGUGAGACGCGUCGAUCGCUCGACAAAACGAAGAUCCGCGUUGGGAAGUGGUCGGCGUGUAAAAUCGAAACGAUGAGAAGAGGAAAAGCGAGCGCAGAAAAUUGCGAUCGUACGUAAUAGCGGUUUAUGUUCUUCCAAUCUGGAUUUUAUAUAGAACUUUCGCCGCUUCUUCUUCGAUAUCGAUAUAUAUCGGCUACAUAAAUAAGCUAUUGAACUAAUAAGUUCGAACGCGUAAUAUUUACGCUGAUUCGCACGUACGGGACGAGGUGUGACGGGAAAAUAUUUUAUGAAUUUGUACGUAAAUAUUAUUUCAACGAGUGGAAAUAAAUGAUCGGCGAGCAGCGGCGGGGCUCGCGAUUACGUCUAUUUAUCUAGAACCGAGCGAGUAAAUUAAGAAACAGAAGAUGACGGGAUUCUUUGAAAUUUCGUACCAACGUGGAACGAGUCUUCUUCAUAUCUCGGUCCCCUUCUUUUCUCCUUCUCAGUUCCUACGCGCAGACGAAUAAUAAUCGAGCUCACUCCUACGCCGUGCUCAUUUCGUAAAUCGUCUCUUUCCACCUUUUAAGGUACAACGACGUUCACGGCGGACAGAACCGAUAUCACGGCAUAUCGCAAAGUGUCACAGGCGUAACGUACGGCCAUUGGAAAAGUGACGUCAUUUUAUCCCUCUUCCAAGCGAUUACCCGCUAUUAUAAGCGAGAUUUAGCCCCCCGUUGGCGUAAACUCGGACAACUUACAGGGAAGAAGUGACGUCACCUCGUCCAUGUACCUUGACAUUUCUCGCCAUCGUAUCCAACUUUCCUUUCAGCCGUUGUCCAACGACGAUGAUCGUGUCGGCAUUUACGCGCUUCCGUCGACGAGGAAAUUGGAAAAUUUGAUCGACGUCUCUCACGCUUUUCAGAUAUCGCUAAAAAUAGACUCCUCUACCCUGUACGCGUCUCCUAUGUAUCCGACGCCCGCAACACGUAGCCGUCUCGACGAACACAAUUACAGCGGCGCUGGCCAAAGCAUUUAAACACUUACAUAAAGCGAAAGAAGAAAAAUACCAUGAUUUAAGAACAGAUGGUUCUCGCUAAUGACGUAACUAUUUCGAUUCCUUGAAAUUUCGCAAAAUCAAGGAACAACGACGAAAGAAAUAUGAAACGAUUUAUCGGUUGGCUCUCGUAAGCAUAACGUUGAAAAAAGGCAGCGUUCGACGAUAUAAAUUAAGUGGAAAAACGACAUUGUAAAUGAAAUUGUGCGUUGACACGAUGCUGAGCCUUAACGAGAUAACUCGUUGUACGCUUCAAACGGCCAACUGGAUUCAUCGAUUUGAAUUGUACAGUCGUAUCAACGUCUCAUAAUAGUCGUUAACACGACAAACAAAUCGGGGCGCAAGUAACGUCCUUUAGCGAUGAUCGGUGUGCCAGACGAUCAACGCUCGAAUCAGUAACGAUCGAAUUUUCGUUGGAACUAACAGCACGCGACUCGGUUUUCACGAUUCUUAAAUUAGUCGUUGUUCGACGUGGAUUCGCGUUCGCGCACGCUGCCUCCGGCGGCUUGCAUCGGUUCGUUUUCAUCUCGAAACAGAGAAAACCGAAAAUACACGGUUUGACGUAGAACGGGCGUUACGAGUAAGCAAACGAGCAAAAUCUAUCUUGUAUUUGUUUCCCUUCGUCUCUACGCUGCGAAACGGAUACCUCGGCGGUUGACUUCGUUUAAGAACAACUUCGAUUCCACUAAUCUCAGCUUGCGGUCCAAUUCUACGCGAAUUCUUCGCAAUUCGAGCGGAACGGCCCUUUCUCCCUCUUCGUCUUCCCUUCUAGAUGAGUCGCAGGAAGAUUCUUGGAAGAGCUUCGCUUUCGUUUCCCGCGGUCGACGGUAUUCUCGACGUGGAUCAAAUUCUGCAAACGGAUCCGUGGAAACAGAUUGACGAUUUCGUGCAACAAAACUUUACGCAAAGCAUCUUGAACGAGUUUAACGAACGGCUGACGCUCGAACCGAAACUCACCCCCGUAGAUAAUACGACCCCGGGGAAAAGACGAGCGACGUCAUCCAGGAGAUCGCCUCGUAACGGUGGAGCGAGUCGAACGAACGAAGAAAAAUCGUCCAAGAAGAAAUUAGAUGAUCAGUCGGUAGGCGGUGGUGCAAAGCUAAACGAGCGUAAAAAAGAAAUCGCGAAGAGGAGUGGCAAGGCGGAAGUACCGACGAGCAAAGAGCAGAAGCAGUUGAAAGAUGUCCCAAAAGUAACCGUCGACAAAUCAAGAGCAACGAUAGCCAAUAAGAGAAGCAAAAAGUGUAAAAACGAGAAAAAGGAGAGAAUCGUCGACGAUCCAACCGGAACGAAACAACAACGUGAAACGGAAGAUACAGAUCCGAUGAACGAUCAAAUGGAAAAUACAGCAAAAGACACGAGCACGAAAUCCGUGAAUCCGUCGAGGAGCACGGAUUUAAAGUCACCGUUUAGAACAAGUACGCCGAGACGCGACGAAGCUUCCGAACAGGACAAUCUCACCGGCAAGGAAGCUACUGCUACUACGGAGCACGAUAUUUCGGCGUCUAAUUCUUCCGUGAGGCGUAACGCUUCGACGAACAACUGCAGCGCGAGAGAUGUUUGCGUGAUAAAGGAUUUAAACAACAACGGUAACAACGCUGCUAAGAAGGACGUAGAGAGUAAGGAAAAAAAGGUAAGAUGCAAGCAUAAAAGGGCGCAGAAAGUAAAUAAAGAGAAGAAGCCUGGAAGUAAGAAAACAUCGGACAUAUCGUCGAAGACAGCGUCAAGAUGCAAGAAACACGACAAAAUGAUGGCAACGGCAGCAGAGACGAAGCAGAUCGGAAAAGAGAAGCAUUUACUGAAACAACGCCGAAGACGUUACAAAGGAAAGAUACGACGGAUCGAAAAAAAGGCAGAUCGUGCCAUGGAAACGUAUAUCCAUCACGUCACGCGUAUAAUUAGGAAAAUGGGUUAUUUACCAGGUAUCCUGUUGCUUAUCGAAAUCUUUACGAGCACAACUCGUAUAUAUUAUUAUGUUUACCUACUUCACGCGUUUUUUCUUACAGAAGACAGUUCGUGCUCCGAGAACGACGACAGUUAUUCCGAUUUCUCCGACGAAUCGUCUUACUGUAGUUCCUAUUGUUCCGAUAGUUGCUGUUCCUAUUGUUCCGAUGGUUGCUAUUCCUCUUGCGACUACUCAGAGUACACUCUGUUUUCUUGUUCUCGUUCUUCUUCCUCUUCCUCUUCCUCUUCCUCUUCCUCUUCCUCUCCUUCUUCUGCACGUAGACUCUUGUUCCGGUCGAAGGCGAAAUGAACAAA